CAGGAGAGGUUGGUACCAGGGGACGGCCAGAAACAGACAGCGUGUCUAAGCUACAUGCCACUAAAGAAUCUUUCAGUCUGACGGACUCUACCCUGCACCGUAUACACGGAGACAUACGCAUCUCUCUGAAGACGGACAACCCUGACAUUAGUAAGUGUCUGACAGCGCUGGACCAACUCAGUAUGGUCUAUGUAACAUCACAACACGUCCAGAGACACAGUGAACUCAUCACUACGCUCAGAAAGAUGCGUCGUUUCCGCAGUAACCAGGACGUGAUGGACAAGGCAUCGAUGCUCUACAACCGCUUCAAGAACGCAUUCCUAUUGGUUAACGACAAGGAUAACGUCAUCAGCCCCGAGUUCCUCCGCUCGCUCCUGGAGGAGAAAGAGAGGGAGGAGGAGGAGAGGGUGGAGAGAUGGAGGGAGAAACAGAAGAGGAGAGGAGAGGUGCUGCAGGAGGUUCGCAGGAGAAUGAGUCAACUGGAGGAGAGGAGGGGAGGAGAGAAGAAAGAAGAGGAGGUGCCAGAGGAGGUGCCAGAGGAGGUGCCAGAGGAGGUGCCAGAGGAGGUGCCAGAGGAGGUGCCAGAGGAGGUGCCAGAGGAGGUGCCAGAGGGUGGGAGCUCCUAACUCCAAUAGCCUCAUACUGAGCUCCACUGUGAGAAACGGAGCAGGGUGAAGUUGCCCCUAGACUCUGAUCUUGGUGCAGGUUACAAUUUUCGACCACCAAUGGUUGAAGUUAGUAUUGGGGGAGGGAAACUGAUUCUAGAUCUGUACCUGGGGGGGGGGGUGUGACAGAACAAUGGAACAUACAGAACAAUGGAACAUACAGAACAAUGGAACAUACAGAACAAUGGAACAUACCAACUCAGAAUCAGAGGGGGUGAACACGGAACAUACCAGCUGUCCAACUGGGGUUAUGAUGUUUCUUAUCCCUCUCUUGUCCAAUCAGAGUAUUUGGACAACCCCCUCACCCAUGUUCAUUGGUGCACACCGUUUCAAAAACAUUGCAGACGUUUUGCAAUGGAGAAGGACAACGAGUGUUUUUAUUUUUAUUGGACAAGUUCAGGGUGUUAGGUCUUCUAGUGAAUAGGGCUCGGGUGUUUUCCUAAAGACAGGGUGUUAGGUCUUCUAGUGAAUAGGGCUCGGGUGUUUUCCUAAAGACAGGGUGUUAGGUCUUCUAGUGAAUAGGGCUCGGGUGUUUUCCUAAAGACAGGGUGUUAGGUCUUCUAGUGAAUAGGGCUCGGGUGUUUUCCUAAAGACGGGGUGUUAGGUCUUCUAGUGAAUAGGGCUCGGGUGUUUCCUAAAGACGGGGUGUUAGGUCUUCUAGUGAAUAGGGCUCGGGUGUUUUCCUAAAGACAGGGUGUUAGGUCUUCUAGUGAAUAGGGCUCGGGUGUUUUCCUAAAGACGGGGUGUUAGGUCUUCUAGUGAAUAGGGCUCGGGUGUUUUCCUAAAGACGGGGUGUUAGGUCUUCUAGUGAAUAGGGCUCGGGUGUUUUCCUAAAGACGGGGUGUUAGGUCUUCUAGUGAAUAGGGCUCGGGUGUUUUCCUAAAGACGGGGUGUUAGGUCUUCUAGUGAAUAGGGCUCGGGUGUUUUCCUAAAGACGGGGUGUUAGGUCUUCUAGUGAAUAGGGCUCGGGUGUUUUCCUAAAGACGGGGUGUUAGGUCUUCUAGUGAAUAGGGCUCGGGUGUUUUCCUAAAGACAGGGUGUUAGGUCUUCUAGUGAAUAGGGCUCGGGUGUUUUCCUAAAGACUGGGUGUUAGGUCUUCUAGUGAAUAGGGCUCGGGUGUUUUCCUAAAGACAGGGUGUUAGGUCUUCUAGUGAAUAGGGCUCGGGUGUUUUCCUAAAGACAGGGUGUUAGGUCUUCUAGUGAAUAGGGCUCGGGUGUUUUCCUAAAGACAGGGUGUUAGGUCUUCUAGUGAAUAGGGCUCGGGUGUUUUCCUAAAGACGGGGUGUUAGGUCUUCUAGUGAAUAGGGCUCGGGUGUUUUCCUAAAGACGGGGUGUUAGGUCUUCUAGUGAAUAGGGCUCGGGUGUUUUCCUAAAGACGGGGUGUUAGGUCUUCUAGUGAAUAGGGCUCGGGUGUUUUCCUAAAGACAGGGUGUUAGGUCUUCUAGUGAAUAGGGCUCGGGUGUUUUCCUAAAGACGGGGUGUUAGGUCUUCUAGUGAAUAGGGCUCGGGUGUUUUCCUAAAGACGGGGUGUUAGGUCUUCUAGUGAAUAGGGCUCGGGUGUUUUCCUAAAGACGGGGUGUUAGGUCUUCUAGUGAAUAGGGCUCGGGUGUUUUCCUAAAGACGGGGUGUUAGGUCUUCUAGUGAAUAGGGCUCGGGUGUUUUCCUAAAGACGGGGUGUUAGGUCUUCUAGUGAAUAGGGCUCGGGUGUUUUCCUAAAGACGGGGUGUUAGGUCUUCUAGUGAAUAGGGCUCGGGUGUUUUCCUAAAGACGGGUGUGUUAGGUCUUCUAGUGAAUAGGGCUCGGGUGUUUUCCUAAAGACAGGGUGUUAGGUCUUCUAGUGAAUAGGGCUCGGGUGUUUUCCUAAAGACGGGGUGUUAGGUCUUCUAGUGAAUAGGGCUCGGGUGUUUUCCUAAAGACGGGGUGUUAGGUCUUCUAGUGAAUAGGGCUCGGGUGUUUUCCUAAAGACGGGGUGUUAGGUCUUCUAGUGAAUAGGGCUCGGGUGUUUUCCUAAAGACGGGGGUGUUAGGUCUUCUAGUGAAUAGGGCUCGGGUGUUUUCCUAAAGACGGGGUGUUAGGUCUUCUAGUGAAUAGGGCUCGGGUGUUUUCCUAAAGACGGGGUGUUAGGUCUUCUAGUGAAUAGGGCUCGGGUGUUUUCCUAAAGACGGGGUGUUAGGUCUUCUAGUGAAUAGGGCUCGGGUGUUUUCCUAAAGACGGGGUGUUAGGUCUUCUAGUGAAUAGGGCUCGGGUGUUUUCCUAAAGACGGGGUGUUAGGUCUUCUAGUGAAUAGGGCUCGGGUGUUUUCCUAAAGACGGGGUGUUAGGUCUUCUAGUGAAUAGGGCUCGGGUGUUUUCCUAAAGACAGGGUGUUAGGUCUUCUAGUGAAUAGGGCUCGGGUGUUUUCCUAAAGACGGGGUGUUAGGUCUUCUAGUGAAUAGGGCUCGGGUGUUUUCCUAAAGACGGGGUGUUAGGUCUUCUAGUGAAUAGGGCUCGGGUGUUUUCCUAAAGACAGGGUGUUAGGUCUUCUAGUGAAUAGGGCUCGGGUGUUUUCCUAAAGACGGGGUGUUAGGUCUUCUAGUGAAUAGGGCUCGGGUGUUUUCCUAAAGACGGGGUGUUAGGUCUUCUAGUGAAUAGGGCUCGGGUGUUUUCCUAAAGACAGGGUGUUAGGUCUUCUAGUGAAUAGGGCUCGGGUGUUUUCCUAAAGACAGGGUGUUAGGUCUUCUAGUGAAUAGGGCUCGGGUGUUUUCCUAAAGACAGGGUGUUAGGUCUUCUAGUGAAUAGGGCUCGGGUGUUUUCCUAAAGACAGGGUGUUAGGUCUUCUAGUGAAUAGGGCUCGGGUGUUUUCCUAAAGACAGGGUGUUAGGUCUUCUAGUGAAUAGGGCUCGGGUGUUUUCCUAAAGACGGGGUGUUAGGUCUUCUAGUGAAUAGGGCUCGGGUGUUUUCCUAAAGACGGGGUGUUAGGUCUUCUAGUGAAUAGGGCUCGGGUGUUUUCCUAAAGACGGGGUGUUAGGUCUUCUAGUGAAUAGGGCUCGGGUGUUUUCCUAAAGACGGGGUGUUAGGUCUUCUAGUGAAUAGGGCUCGGGUGUUUUCCUAAAGACAGGGUGUUAGGUCUUCUAGUGAAUAGGGCUCGGGUGUUUUCCUAAAGACCGGGUGUUAGGUCUUCUAGUGAAUAGGGCUCGGGUGUUUUCCUAAAGACGGGGUGUUAGGUCUUCUAGUGAAUAGGGCUCGGGUGUUUUCCUAAAGACGGGGUGUUAGGUCUUCUAGUGAAUAGGGCUCGGGUGUUUUCCUAAAGACAGGGUGUUAGGUCUUCUAGUGAAUAGGGCUCGGGUGUUUUCCUAAAGACCGGGUGUUAGGUCUUCUAGUGAAUAGGGCUCGGGUGUUUUCCUAAAGACAGGGUGUUAGGUCUUCUAGUGAAUAGGGCUCGGGUGUUUUCCUAAAGACAGGGUGUUAGGUCUUCUAGUGAAUAGGGCUCGGGUGUUUUCCUAAAGACAGGGUGUUAGGUCUUCUAGUGAAUAGGGCUCGGGUGUUUUCCUAAAGACGGGGUGUUAGGUCUUCUAGUGAAUAGGGCUCGGGUGUUUUCCUAAAGACGGGGUGUUAGGUCUUCUAGUGAAUAGGGCUCGGGUGUUUUCCUAAAGACGGGGUGUUAGGUCUUCUAGUGAAUAGGGCUCGGGUGUUUUCCUAAAGACGGGGUGUUAGGUCUUCUAGUGAAUAGGGCUCGGGUUUUUUCCUAAAGACAGACUCACCUGGGGAGUGUGUUAUGUCUUCUCCUUUCCCUGAGGAGGAGAGGAGAGAAGAAGGCCCUACUUAUAGGAUGUAGAAACCAGGGAACAGUUCAGUCUACACAUGUUUUUACUUUCCUGAUGGUUUUAUUUUUUAUAUACACCUUGUAUGUUCUCUUAAACACUAUACUUAAUGUUGUAUAGUUUUUAACGGUGAUGUAUAGGCGACAUUCUACUUCGCCUGGAUUCUUACUUAGCUUGUACUCCUUGUCCUGCAGUAAGUAGCCAAGUUGGUUAUUGCUUUAGGCCAGAUGGCUAGUUGCCUAAAGCAGGUCUGGUUGCCUGGUAAUAUUACCCUUCAGGUAUCUCCUUCAAUAGCCAUCACCCCCCCCCCCCCCCCCCCCCCCCCCCCAGGGCCAGACAGUAGCACCCUGCUCAUGGUUGUAACCCCCCCCCAGGGCCAGACAGUAGCACCCUGCUCAUGGUUGUAAACCCCCCCCCUAGGGCCAGACAGUAGCACACUGCUCAUGGUUGUUACCCCCCCCCCCGAGGGCCAGACCGUAGCACACUGCUCAUGGUUGUAACCCCCCCCCAGGGCCAGACAGUAGCACCCUGCUCAUGGUUGUAAACCCCCCCCUAGGGCCAGACAGUAGCACACUGCUCAUGGUUGUUACCCCCCCCCCCCCCCCCCCCGAGGGCCAGACCGUAGCACCCUGCUCAUGGUUGUAAACCCCCCCCCCCUAGGGCCAGACAGUAGCACCCUGCUCAUGGUUGUAAACCCCCCCCCCCCUAGGGCCAGACAGUAGCACCCUGCUCAUGGUUGUUACCCCCCCCCGAGGGCCAGACAGUAGCACCCUGCUCAUGGUUGUUACCCCCCCCCCGAGGGCCAGACAGUAGCACCCUGCUCAUGGUUGUAAACCCCCCCUAGGGCCAGACAGUAGCACACAAGUUAAGAGUCUGGCUGGUCAUCUGAUUCAUCCCAGGACAGACAGCAUUAUAUUUGAACCUCUUCAACUGCAGUGACACUUGUUUUCACACACAGAGACACCAGACAGGCGUUGGUACUGUUCUGUGAAAUGGUUUUAAAGGGGAAAACGUUUUGGUUUUGAUACUGUGGAGUAGAUUUGUGUUACACAUUUUACCUUUUUAGAUGUGUUUUACAGUUGCCAUUUUCACUGGUAAAAAAAUGUUAGUAUUAAUUCAGUUUACAACAGUUGGUCAAUAAAGCCGUUCUGUCACGCAAUAAAUGAGCAUUAGUUCAGGUUACACAGUCGGUCAAUAAACCCGUUCUACAUUAAAAUGAGA